UCUUGUUCGAGGUUAGUUAGCCAGUUGCCACAGGCAGCCCUAAAGAGAACCUCGGGUAGGUUGACAUCUGGAACGACAGGGCCAGAGGCAGCGGUUGCCUGGAGAGGGUCGGGAGUCCGGGGUGCUGGGGGCAGCGCCACUGGUACGGAGUGAGGAAAGAAAUCAGAAGGGCUGAAUAAGCGUUUGGGGUGUGGACUGGCGGUGGAGAAAUCGAAACUUAGAAGUGGGCUUCCCCCGGCCGCUUUCGUUUUCCCCUCGAGACCGGACAGUCCCUCGAGAGCCAGCGGCCAGCUGCUUUUGAGCCCAGUUCCCCGACGGCUGCAUGCGCUGCGGACUGGAGCGUUGUGCCCCUGCACUCCGCGGAGACCCUCUGACUAUGUACAGCCGAACUAGGGUUCCUUCCUUACUGCCUUCUUUCUCCUCUCCUGCUGCUUGGGACUCAGACGGGAGGCGGCCUGAGAAGGGCUUGCUGCAACGCCCGAUGCUGGGUCCUGGGGCUUCCCAUGAAGACCCGUCGCUGGUGAGCUCGGGACCUGGACGCCAGAUGCAAGAGCACAUGGCUGGGUUUACCGUGAUAGCUCCAGAUCAAAUCCGAAGAGACAAGAUAACAUGGAUUGCUGAGAAAGAAUUAGAAGAUUUGGAGAAAUGGAAACAGCAACAACGUUCCAGGACAAUCCACAUGAAGCCAAAUAAACUAGGUGGAAACCAGUCAGAAGCUGAAGCUAGGAAGAAACAACAAUAUCAACUGUUACAGUCUAAAUACCAGGAAAAGCGAAAGAGAGAAGAAUAUAUAAGAAUCCAGAAGGAAGUGGAAGAAGCUAAACUCCAAGAAAUAAAGGCAAUUCAGAGAGAAAAGAGCAAUAAAUUGGAGGAAAAAAGAAGACUUCAGGAGAAGCAAAGGAGAGAAGCAUUUAAUGAUCGACCUCCCUACAAAUCCUCUGAAUUGUUGAGUGACCUGGAACCAAGGGUCCCUACCAGAAGCUCCCGUCAAACUUCUUAUCCUGACAUGCAGUACGCGGCAUCACAGAAACUCCCUGCUCUGCCUAAGGACCACAGCUUGUCCAAAAACAGAGUGCUUAAGAACACCUUUAAAGAGGAAGAAAACCAGAAACUUCAAAAGAUGAAGGAUGAACAACGCAAGAAGGGUGAAUUACUAGAACUUAAACGACAGCAGCAAGAGGAGGAAAGAACAAAAGCUCUGCAACGUGAACAGAGGAGGGUAAAUAAUGCUUUUCUGGACCGGAUACAAGGCAAAAGUCAGCCAAGUGGCCUCCACCAAUUUGGAGGCUUUGGAAAUAUGAAUUACGGUAAAGGAUGGGGUGUUUGAGACAUUCUGCACUUUCAUUCAGCCUUAGUCAACUGACCUUGAGAAAGCCCUGGGGAUAUUUUUUUCUUCUAAUGCAGUCUUGUUCAGCUCCAUUGUGAUUUUUUUUUUUUUACCCUGGCUUCCGCAUCACCCCCACUUCAGUGAGCAAUCUGCAAUGACCAGUUUGUCCCUUGCAUUAUGUAUGGGUAUUUUCAGCAGUUGAUUAGCGAGCUCAUAUUUAAUCUUUAAUGACAGUGAAAUGUUUCAUUAUUUUUGUAAUUUGUUUUGCCUCUUGUCAGAAGUAUAAUUAUAGCAACCUUAGUGAUCUAGAAGAAUAGAAGAAAGAAAAUAUUUACCCUGUUGCUAGCACUUAAAGCCACAAGGGGAGUGGGGGUUUUUAUAUACUCAUCCAAAUUGGGGGUCAGCUUAUAGAAGCUCCUAGAACCCGUGGGAUUUUAUAAUGCAUUCUUUCUUAGCUAAAGAACUCGAGUAUACAAUAGAAAAUCAAGCCUAUUUUAAUGUCCUUUUAUUGAAAUUCAUUAAUAAAAAUUUAACUCUCAGAAAUA